AUUUCGUAUCUGGUAAUACUGUCGUCCCGUCAACCAACCGACAACAAUCUAUCCGAGCAGGCUUACCCUGCAAAUUACAAGCAAAAUUCCCCACACAGACAGGUUGUCAACAUGAUUCCUAGUAAAAAUACCAUGUUUUUAGUCUUGAUGUACAUUGUGGCAGGAGUCCAAGGGAAACUGGCAGAAGAACAGUGUCAUACCUUCGCUGGGGGAGCUGUUUACCCAAACACCGAAGGACGGGCAUCUGGACAUAAUUUACAAUGGACAAAGGCGUUGAUUAGCAAACCAGCUCCAUCAUGGGAAGGAACAGCAGUUAUUGAUGGUCAGUUCAAAGAGUUGAAGUUGGAAGAUUAUCGUGGGAAAUACUUGGUUUUCUUUUUCUACCCCUUAGAUUUCACUUUUGUAUGCCCAACUGAAAUUCUUGCAUUCAACGACCGUGUCAAUGAAUUCAGGGCUUUGAACACAGAAGUUGUGGCCUGUUCAAUUGAUUCUCACUUCACUCACUUGGCAUGGACUAAUACACCAAGAAAGGAUGGUGGUCUUGGGAAACUGAACAUUCCUUUACUCUCAGAUAUUACUCACAAGAUAAGCAUUGACUAUGGUGUUUACCUUGAGGGUCAAGGUAUUGCAUUGAGAGGGCUGUUCAUCAUUGACGACAAAGGAGUGUUGCGUCAGAUUACCAUGAAUGAUCUACCUGUAGGGCGCUCGGUUGAUGAAACACUUCGUUUGGUACAGGCAUUCCAGUUUACUGAUUCACAUGGUGAAGUGUGUCCUGCUGGCUGGAAGCCUGGUGAUGACACUAUCAUUCCUAACCCACAGGAGAAACUCAAGUACUUUAGCAAAGCCAACCAGUAAAAUAUACAAUGUCAAUUAAUAAAGAAAUUGAAACAUCCAUCAGAACAUUGUUAUAGAAGUUGUACUCCAAAGUAUAGUGUGUUCACUGUUGUAUUUUCCAUAAAAGUAGGGUGACUAAGGAACAUGAAGAAACAUCUGUUAUUGACAAUGAAGUUAAACUAGGUAAACUAGAUUGUAGUUUCUGCUUGCUAAUUAGUAAAAUGAAUUUGAUUAGAAAAUGAGUUGUUGUUUGGUAAAGAAUAAAUUUAAAUUAAUGUAGUUGUUUCGAGAAUAUGAACAGAAUUACAAACAGAAGUGUCGUCUGGAAUGGAGAGGAUAUUCUACAAUGUUGGGAUAUGCUAAAGUACAAUGUAGGAUGACUAUUGUAAUGUUAUAAUGGGCAGCCAAAAAAGGUAUGAGAUAGAUAAGCACAGGUGUAGCUUGUAAGUUAAUAGUCAUAUGAUAAAUUUGUGUUGUACAAUGCAGUAUUUGUAGUUAUGGUAAAUGUGUGCUGAAGUUUCUCAUUUACUACGUUUUAACACUAGGGAAUGGGCCCUCUUGUUUUCAGGAAUCAUUUUUCAUAAGUUUUAAUAGUGCCCCAUAUAGACUGUAAAUUAAAACAUUCCAGGAAGAAGGAAUUUAUUUUUGUAUAUUUAGAUAAAGAUUGUAUAGUGACUUAACAUGUGUUUACCAAAAGAGCUUUUUGUCAAGUCUUUCAUUUACUUUGUGUUAGGUGAACCAAAAGAGCUUUUUGUUAAGUUUUCAAUUUACUUUGUGUUAGAUGAAAGACCAGGAUUAGCAUUAAUAAGCAUUUGUCAAUGAUUUUUGGGAUGUCAAGCACUGAAUUAUCAGGAUGUUAUAUAGUAAUAAUAAUUUAUAAAUCUUAAAUUUGGAUGCAUAGUUCCAUGAAAAUUUAAUCUUGAGUAUUACAAGUCUUCAACUUUGAUCACACGUUGAUUCAAAGUGUAUUAAUUGUCAGUUGGUAACUGGACCAUUGGUUGUAAGAUUUGUAUUUUUCAUAAAAUGAAAGUUGUUGAAAGAUUUUGUA